UGUGGCUGCAAGGAGCGAAGUAGGGGUAGAAACUUCUCCGCUGGGAGCUGGGCGCGCCGCGGAGAUUAAGUCCUCGUGGUUGCUCCGCACCCGCGGACAGAUUGCCAACACUACAAAAAUAAAGACUUCCAGCAAAUAAUUCUUCAGCUUGGAAAGCUGCAAGGACACCUCACCCUCUCUCUGUGCUUUCACUCAUGAUGCAGAGAGAAAGAAGACAUUUGGAGAUCAAAUAAAUUAUGCAAGGAGAAGCUGAUCAAGAGAUCUCAAGAGUUGUGGCUUCCUGGGAUUGUCUGUCAGAGGAAUGAAGAGCGAAAGAAUAACUUUCCGUCGAGAAGAAGGCUGCAUGCAACUCAUCCUGGGUUUGGCAAGCGUAGUAACUGGCCAUGUGGACAAUGCAGAGCACGCUAACUGCUAACCGUGCCCAUGUUUGAGUGAUCCUACAGUGGAAAAUGGGGAAUUCAGAAAGCCAAUACAGUCUUCAGGGAUCAAAAAGUCAUGCUGCUGCUACAGCUGGUGCCAAGCAGAAGCCUUGCUCUCUGAAAAUUCGCAGCAUUCAUGCUAAAGAUGAAAAGUCUUGCUCUGUGCAUGGAUGGGGACAUACCAACAGUGGCUCAAACUACAAAUCAAGGUCCCUUGCCAGAAGCUGCCUUUCACACUUCAAGAGUAGUCAGCCUUAUUCAUCCAGACUUAGUGACACUGUGAUGAAGGUCCCCAAAAGCAGUGCCCAUGCCAAACACAGGACAAAUGCCUCAGGGGACUACUGCCAAGGAAAUAAUGCAAUGUUUUUGCCGGAGAAUGGUUUCCACUAUAUUGACCUUCAAGCUGGAAGUAAUCAUGCUGCCUCUCGAGAAUGCAAUGGCCACAUUUUAAAUUGCUAUGGAAAGAAUGAGAGUCUUGCAUCAACCUCCCCAUCAGAGGACAGAAAGAGUCCAAAAGUUCUCAUUAAAACACUGGGGAAGCUGGAUGGGUGCCUGCGGGUCGAGUUCCACAACAGCAACAACAGCAAGGUACCGAUAGAGGAGUCCAGUGGACCAGUGCAGUUGCUGAGGUAUUCACCUGCCUUGGAAUCUAAGCCAAAUAAUCUGCUGGAUGUCAGGAGGAACUCCAGUGCAGACUGUUCUUCAAGCCAUCGUCUGUCACCUACUGAUUCAAGGCUUCGAUCUAGUAAAGGAAGCUCCCUCAGCUCCGAGUCUUCAUGGUAUGACUCCCUCUGGGGAAAUGCUGGGGACAUUAAUGAGCUGGAUGGUUCAUAUUUGACCAGGAGCACUCCGGAUACAAGCAUUCGUGCCAGUUUCCCAGCAAGCGAAAACAAGAAGUCCUUCAACCAAAGUUCAUCUCUUUCCUCACUUCGAGAUCUCUAUAAGGAUACAAAUCUGGAAAGCACUCCUCCACCUGGGAUCAGGCUGUCUGAUGAGUAUAUUGGCACUCCUGGUAGCCUAAGCAACCGUGUCUCAUUUGCCUCAGACAUUGAUGUUCCCUCCAGGGUAGAGCAGGGAAGUCCUGCACGUUACACCUCCUACACACUCCCAUGCAGGAAGUCUAAGCCUCUCAGUGAAGAUGCAUCCAAGAAGGAUACAUUAAAAAACCGAAUGCGACGCAUCAGUGACUGGACAGGAAGUCUGUCAAGGAAGAAAAGGAAGCUGCAGGAGCCAAAGUGUAGAGAUGGGAGUGAAUACUUAGACAGCAGAACGGACAACUUCAGUACCGACACGCUGGCACCAUCACAGCUCUCUACCUUACUGUGGUCACCUGGCUCCAGCCAUGUCCUGUCCCAGAGAAGCGAGUCCACCAAUGCAGUCAGUAGUGGCUUGAGGCAGAACAUUUGAAACUUCAUGCGGGAGCUGGAGAUGAGCAGGAUGAACUUGGAGAAUACCGAGACCUCAUCAGAAACAGAGACUCCAGUGGCGAGCCUCAGCUCCUUGGAGCAGCUGGAUUUGUUGUAUGAGAAAGAGCAAGGAGUGGUGCGCAAGGCAGGGUGGCUGUUCUUCAAACCCUUGGUGACCCUGCAGAAGGAGAAAAAGCUGGAGCUGAUCACACGGCGGAAGUGGAAGCAGUACUGGGUCACACUCAAAGGUUGUACUCUACUGUUUUAUGAGACCUAUGAAGGAACCGCGAUGAGGCAGAGCAGUUUGCCUCGGUAUGCCCUGUUUGCAGAAGACAGUAUAGUUCAGUCUGUUCCAGAAGAUCCCAAGAAAGAAAAUGUGUUUUGUCUCAGCAAUUCUUUUGGAGAUGUCUACCUGUUUCAGGCAACAAGCCAGACAGAUCUGGAAAACUGGGUUACUGCUAUACAUUCAGCCUGUGCUUCCCUUUUUGCGAAGAAGCUUGGGAAAGAGGACACUGUUAGGCUGCUGAAAAAUCAAACCAAGAGUCUCUUCCAGAAGAUUGACAUGGAUGGCAAAAUGAAAAAGAUGGCAGAGUUGCAGCUCUCAAUUGUUAGUGAUCCAAAAAACAGAAAGGCCAUAGAGAAUCAGUAUCUAAACAGGAUCCAGCAAUGGGAACAGAACCUGGAAAAGAUUUAACAUGGACCUUUCCGAAUGCGAUGUUACAUAGGCCAGUUUAAGGUGGGGGAGCGCCCAAACCCAAAGAGCCUUUUGGCUGCUGCCAGUCGUCCGUCAAAAUUGGCAGUGGGGAGGCUCGGCAUUUUCUCUGUCUCAUCCGUUCCAUGCACUGGGAUCUGCUCCAGGGAUGAAGCUGCUCUCAGAAACCGUACCCUGUCGACUCAAAGGGUUCGAAAUAAGAAGGGUUUAUUUUCUUCGCUAAAAGGACUGGACACAUUGGCAAGAAAAGGAAGAAAGAGACCUUCCAUAACUCAGGUUUUUGAUUCAGCUGGAGGACAUGGAUUUGCUGGUGUUCAGAAUUCAGCCAACUCUGCUGAGCAGCAAGUCGAUGAUUAUUUGAAUAUCUACUGUUCAGUGCCAGAGAGCAUCCAGAAGGAGAAUGCUUGGGAAACACAGACAUAUGUUCAUUUCUGUGAUGGCCAAGGCGUGGCACUGACACUCAAGCCAGAGCACAGGGUGGAGGAUGUUCUGUCUUUGGCAUGCAAGAUGAAACAGCUGGAGCCAAGACACUAUGGCCUUCAACUCAGAAGACUGGUUGAUGAAAAUACUGAGUAUUGUGCUCCUGAACCAUACGAGUACAUAUUAGACCAGGAAAGUGUGUAUGAUGAAAUAGAAAUUUGUCCAUUGAACGUUUAUCAUGUUCAUCUUACAAAGAGUGAAAACAUAAGUGAUUAUGGCUUUGCUGUCACAGCACAAGUUGCUGAAAAUGAGCAUCUCACCCAUAUCUUUGUGAGUGAUGUACUCCCUGAUGGACUGGCAUACAAGGAAGGGCUCCGAGUAGGCAAUGAAAUCCUGAGCAUAAAUGGAGAGGCUGUGUCUGUUCUUAACCUCAGGCAAAUGGAGAUGCUGUUUUCACAGAGAAGUGUAAUGCUCACAGUGAGAAUGACCCAGCAACCCUUAUGUGUAUCCUGGUCAGAUGGUGACAUUUCCCGGGAUCCAAAGAGUUUGUUGCCCCCUCCAAACCAGUCACAGCUCCUGGAAGAGUUUCUAGAUAACUUCAAAAAGAACACAGCAAAUGAUUUUAGUAAUGUACCUGAUGUCACAUCCAGUUUGAAAAGGAGCAGUACUGAUGGCACUCUGGACCAAGUGCCACACAGGGAGAAGACUGAUCCACCUUUCAGGAGUGCGGAGCAGAUCAGUGCAUUGUGCCGGAACUUCCAAGAAGUCCAAGCAACCAGUAUGGAAGGACAGAAGGACAACCAGGAUCCACCUCCACGACCACUGGCUCGCCACCUUUCUGAUGCAGAUAGAUUGAGAAAAGUCAUCCAAGAACUUAUGGACACUGAGAAAUCUUAUGUCAAGGACUUGAGCUGCCUCUUUGAGCUGUACUUGGAACCCCUUCAAAAUGAAACCUUCCUCACUCAGGAUGAGAUGGAGUCCUUGUUCGGCAGUCUGCCAGAAAUGCUGGAUUUCCAGAAGGUGUUUUUGGAGACCCUUGAAGACGGAAUAUCUUCUUCCUCAGAUUUUAAUACAUUGGAAACACCAUCUCAAUUCGGAAAGGUUAUUGUUGCUGUGCUGAAUUCUGCCCUGCUCGUGCUUUUCCCUACUGUUCUCAACUUACCUGCUACACACUGGGAGCUUUUCUUAUGUGAGGUCCAAGAAGAGGGCCUACAAAGUAAAUUGCUGUUUUCCCUUGGAGGCUCCUUUCUGUAUUAUGCUGACCACUUUAAACUGUACAGUGGCUUCUGUGCAAACCACAUCAAAGUUCAGAAAGUUCUUGAGAGAGCCAAAACAGAUAGUGCCUUUAAGACCUUUCUGGAUGCUCGAAAUCCCACAAAGCAACAUUCUUCUACACUGGAGUCAUAUCUCAUAAAGCCUGUUCAGAGAGUGCUGAAAUAUCCUCUGCUUUUAAAAGAGCUGGUGUCUCUGACAGAUAACGAGAGUGAGGAGCACUAUCAUUUGACAGAAGCACUAAAGGCAAUGGAAAAAGUAGCAAGUCACAUCAAUGAGAUGCAGAAAAUAUAUGAAGAUUAUGGCACUGUAUUUGACCAACUGGUUUCAGAUCAAAGUGGAACAGAAAAAGAGGUGACAGAGCUUUCAAUGGGAGAACUUCUGAUGCACUCUACAGUUUCUUGGCUGAAUCCUUUCCCAUCACUGGGCAAAGCAAGAAAAGACCUUGAACUUACAGUGUUUGUUUUUAAGAGGGCUGUUAUACUGGUGUAUAAGGAGAACUACAAACUUAAAAAGAAAAUGCCUACUAAUGUUCGUGCUGCACAUAAUUAUGGGGACUUGGAUCCAUUUAAAUUUCGUUGGCUGAUUCCUUUAUCUGCUCUUCAAGUUCGACUGGGGAACACAGCAGGAACAGAGAACAGCUGUAUCUGGGAACUGAUUCACACCAAGUCAGAACUAGAAGGCAGGCCAGAAACAAUUUUUCAGUUGUGCAGCAGUGAUUCUGAGAACAAAAGUAACAUUGUGAAGGUGAUCCGUUCUAUUUUGCGGGAGAAUUUCAGACGUCACAUAAAAUGUGAACUACCGCUGGAGAAAACUUGUAAAGAUCGCCUUGUCCCACUCAAAAAUCGUGUACCUGCAACAGCCAAAUUGGCUUCCACAAGGCCCUUGAAGGUAUUGAAGAAUUCAUCCAGUAGUGAGUGGAAUGGUGACCCGGGGAAAGGUACCUUUCAGGACUCUGAUGAGUGCAGCCUGAGCAGCAGUACUCAGAGCAGCAGCUGCCACACUUCUGAGAACAUACAGGAGCCCAAAAACUCAUCUCCCAAUAAACAUGUAGAGAGCUGUGCAUCCGACUUUUCUAAUGUUCUUGUCAAAGAAUCUGAUAUUCUCAGUGAUGAGGAGGAGGAUUAUCAGAGCCUGAAGAAGGGCAGUCCUACAAAAGACAUUGAAAUACAGUUUCAGCGGCUGAAGAUUUCAGAGGAACCCAGUACUGACCCUGAACGGGAUCAGGCUGCUGAAAAUGAGGGAGAUGGCUUUGAGAUAGGACAGCAUCCAAAGCUUGUGCGUGGCCAUUUCUGCCCAGUGAAGAGAAAAGUAAACAGCACAAAGCGUAAUAGAGGAACUUUAAUGGCAAUGCAAGAACGUCACCAGUCCCUUGACAGUCACUCUGAUGCUGCAAACCUGGAUCUGAACUCUAUUUUAGAGAGAGAAUUUAGUGUUCAGAGUUUAACAUCUGUAGUUAAUGAAGAUUGUUUUUAUGAAGCUGUGGAGAGGCAUGGAAAAUCCUAGCUUUCUAAGCAGAUUAUUUAAAAUAUUCAUUUGAAGUCCACAAAAAAUUCAACAAACAUUUUGUUUUAAAACUAGUAAAUUCAUGGAAGCUGCAGGAAAACUACUAUCUGAUUUUGUGCACUAAUACAUUUUUCCACAAAAACAGCUGUAAAGGAUUCUUAAGUUAUUUUAAUUUAUUGUAGAUCAAAAAUAGAUUAAGUUGGCCAAGGUCUGUAAAUUAGUUCAUCCCUUUCAAGCAGUUAUUAAGAUGAUGUAGUGUUCUUGGGGAUGGCCUCAUUAGUAUUUUAAGUAACGUGGAAGAGGUGCUAGUGAGUGGCAGAGGGCUUUACAAUGGAAAGUAGCAUUGCAAAAUAAAUUUUUCAAUACCUUGGGCAUUUUAUUUCUUUGGUUUUCAUGUUUGCUUUAUUUAAAGCAGAAUUAAGUUAUUUUAAUGUGUUUUAGUGCACAACAGUGCAGAAGUUUCAUUUUGUAUGUUUCAAUGCUGUUUAUACUUUAUAUAUAUGUGUAAAUACAAAAACAAAGCUUGGCCUGUAAUCUUUUAUUUGACUGUAUUUUUUAUUUUCUCUACCAAUCUGUACAGUAAAAGACAAAUAAGUAUUGUACUUAGCCAUGUUUUCUUCUUUUUAUCGUGCUGCUUUUCUCUAGUUGGAGCUUUAAAUACCAAAUUCUUUGCCUCUGCAUAAAUGAGAAGAGUAUUAGCAGAC